AUGGCGUCGACAACUCGCGACAACGCUGCUCGACUGAAGGCUGGCAUGGAAAUGAAGUUACAAGCCUGCAAGUCGCACAUCGAGCUGAAGAAGAAGGAGGCCGAGGAGUACGAGCAGCUGGCCAAAAAGGUGGAGGACAUGCCGAAGAAGUUGACGCAGGAAUUUAUGAUGCCUUGCGGAUCUGUCGGCUACAUACCCGGGCGGUUGGUGCACACGAAUGAGCUGUACGUGCUGCUCGGCGAGAAUAUGUUCGCUGAACGGUCGGCGCAUCAGACGGCCGAGAUUUUGCGGCGACGAGUUAAUGUUGUCCGAGACUCGGUGAAAGGGCUCGAAAGCGAAUGCCAAGUGACGGAAAAGCAAAUUGAACUACUUGGCAAGCUCUACGACGAGUGCGCCGCUCGCCAGGACGAGAUCGAGAUCCGCGAGGAGUACGACGAAGAGGCCGAGCGGGCUUUUAGAGAAAAGCGGAAAGCUCGCCAGCCGACCAAGCCGGCAGUGAAGAGCAAGGAUGAGAGCCAACGGGAGCAUGAUGCCUGUAUCGCCCGUCUCGAGGAGCUGGAAAAGGCGGAAAAGGCGGAAGCGGUUGGGCGGGGGCCCGAGAAGCCCAAGGAGUCCGAGAAUCCAGAGAAGGCGCGAAAAGCCAGCACGUCUUCAGAAGAAGAAGAGCCGGAAGCGGAAUGCGUGCCGCCGGCGGGCGUCGAUCCGAAGGCCUACCGCGAGCUGCUGGCUCGUGUCGACGCUUUGAUGGAAACUUCCGACGACGAGGACGAUGAAAGCGAGGAGGGCGAUGAGGAAGAAGCUUACGACUCGGACGAUGUGCCGGAAGUGGAGGAGGAGGAGCAAGAGCAGGCUGCUUCAUCGAAACAUAAAGGAAAACCGCGAGGCGUCCAUUUCCCGAGAAGGCUGGAAGCGGGGCCGAGUAGGCCGGUGGUAGAGGUUGAUGAAGCCGAGGUCAAGUCGAUUCUGAAGAACAAGUCGCCGACGCCCGUCGAUCGUUCCAAGGUCGGCGAGCUGGAGCGGGAAGCCUCGAAGCAAGCCACCGUGCUCCCGUCGUCGAGAACAGCUUUUCCGGGAGAGAUUUUCGAGCACGGCGGGCCAUCCACUUCCGGUACAAGCGGCUCUUCCUCCCAGCCCCCAAGCCGCACUCCUCCAAAACGCGUCUCCAAAUUCAAGCAGGAUCGCGCGAAUCAU